AUGAAAUUUUGCACUUCAAUGCUUGGACUAGUGCUUAUAGCUGUCAGCAGUGCCGUCGUGAGUAGCGAUAUUUCACUUCCCGGUAAUGGUGUUCUUCAACCGCCAUUACAUUAUCAGCGUUAUCGUCGAAGUGAGUACAAGAAAGAUUCGCCAUACUAUCAGUGGUGGUACUAUUGGAUUCGUGAUACUAAAAAUGAUCGCCACUUCGCCGUAUCAUAUAGUAUUACAUUGUGUAAAAAUACUCAUAUCAAAUCUUGCGAUUAUGAUGGGGUCAUGGAGUUCUAUGAUAGAAAUGCAUUCUCUGUUAGUCAAGAAUUCAAUUUCAAAAUUCAUUCCAAUACGAAUGAAACUAUUCAUGAGCUUUUGCCAAUUGAUAAUGACAAAUUUAUAAUCAGAGGAAAUAUGACGAAGGAGAAUAUUAACAAUGUAUGGAUAAGUGAAGGCUGUUCAAAAGAUUUGGAAAUUCAGUGGAACUUGACACUAACUCGAAUCUAUGGAUGGUAUGCACAAGACGUGUUUGAAGUUCCUGAUAGAUGGCUAGACGGUAUGAUUAUGUGGAACACAUAUUCUCAUGCUGCUGAAGUCGAAGGACAAAUAAAAAUUGGAGAUGAUUUAUUUAUCAUAGAGAAAGAAAAUACUAGUAGAGCCUAUGGCGAUUCUAACUGGAGUGAAAGUAUGCCAUCUCCACCGCCAGAUGAUCAGCAUAGCACAAAGUAUGUAUGGGGAUGGUACUACGUAAGUAUUCCAGCCGACGACAAGUCUGAAGAGCUCAGUAUUAUAGCUGGCACUGGUCUCAGCUAUGCAGAUGAAGUUUUAGGUACUAUGGAUGGUCGUUUUUGCGAUAUUCGUUUAGAUGAAAAAACGCAUGUGGAACUAAGAAUGGUGAAAGUUUUGGAUUUAACGUUUGAUUCGUGCAAUGAUGGAAAACUAGUUCGAUUUGAUGUGGAACGUAGCAACUGGUUUAAUAUUACCGACUCAUUUGGUUAUGCCACUAUACCACUCCGUCAACUUGUUACAUUAGAAAGUGAUAGUUAUUUGAUUACCAUGGAUUUUAAUAGUGUCGAGACGAAUUAUAAUCGAUUACUGUUCCCCUUCACCAGUUAUGUAUUCUCAGAUUUUGAAGGUCUAGGUGUAUCGACAAACUUAUUGAUUAUUGACAAGAAAACUGACACGAUUGUAAGAAAUGUAACUGUGAACAGUGGAGGAUUAGAAUAUGGAUAUCGAUUCAAUAUAACUGUACCACCUCCCCCGAACCAAAGAAUUAUUUAA